AUGCAUAGGGUGAGAGGCAUUGUAUUAGAUGGCCGACGGCAGAAAAAGUUGGUUCCAAGAGCUGAAGCUCCGCCCUUCAGGAGCUUCAGGGCCAAUACGGCAGGACCCAUCCUCAAUACCCAUCCUCAGGACCCAUCCUCAGGAUCCAUCCUCAGGACCCAUCCUCAGGACCCAUCCUCAAGACCCAUCCUCAGGACCCAUCCUCAGGACCCAUCAUCAGGACCCAUCCUCAAGACCUAUCCUCAGGACCCAUCCUCAAGACCUAUCCUCAGGACCCAUCCUCAGGACCCAUCCUCAAGACCUAUCCUCAGGACCCAUCCUCAGGACCCAUCCUCAAAACCUAUCUUCAGGACCCAUCCUCAGGACCCAUCCUCAAGACCUAUCCUCAGGACCCAUCCUCAGGACCCAUCCUCAAAACCUAUCUUCAGGACUCAUCCUCAGGACCCAUCCUCAAAACCUAUCUUCAGGACCCAUCCUCAAGACCCAUCCUCAAGACCCAUCCUCAGGACUCUUCCUCAAGACCCGUCCUCAAGACUCAUCAUUAAGAUCAAUCCUCAAGACCCGUUUUCAAGACCCGUCUUCAAGACCCAUCCUCAAGACCCAUCCUCAAGACCCGUCCUCAAGACCCAUCCUCAAGACCCGUCCUCAAGACCCAUCCUCAAGACCCGUCUUCAAGACCCAUCUUCAAGACCCAUCAUCAAGACCCGUCCUCAAGACCCGUCCUCAAGACCCGUCUUCAAGACCCAUCAUCAAGACCCAUCUUCAAGACCCGUCCUCAAGACCCGUCCUCAAGACCCAUCCUUAAGACCCAUCUUCAAGACCCAUCAUCAAGACCCAUCCUCAUGA